UAUGUCUUCGCGGAACCUUGUACAUGCGUAAUGACAGAGACUCAGUAGCAGGGCCGAGACCCAUCUGCCUCUUAUGUCCUUGUGUGCUACACUGGGCAGUUCUUUGUUUUUGGUGACAAAACCAGGUGCGAUAACAGAGUAACCUAUCAAUAUGUCAACUAACAGUGCGUGCAGCGUUUGUGAGAGGAGAUCACCCAAACUUAAAGCAUGUUCCAAAUGCCAUCUAACUCCUUACUGCUCCAAGGAAUGUCAGAGAAAAGACUGGAAAAGGCACAAAGCAUGGUGUGAAGGGAUUCAGAAAAGUUUCAGCAACAGAGAAACUUCUCAGCAAGAACACGAUACAGCAAUUACCAAAGGACAAACGUCAUCUUCUGGUGCUGUUUCCGGAGGCUUGAAUCAAGCGAAGGGAGGGAAGAGUCCUGUGGACAUCAGUGGAUCUGCCCCGCAAGAGAGGAAAGCCUGCAACUGGUGCCAGAAGGUCUGUGAGCAGUAUCAAAGAUGUUCCAGGUGCAAGGUCACAAGGUACUGCUCAACCGCGUGUCAAAGAAAGGAUUGGCUCGAUGGUCAUCAGAAGGAGUGCAAGCCUUUGGUUUCGCAAUCUGGAACGUCUGGUACAAAUGGUACAUGUGUAGCACCCUUAAAAGAAAAAGACAACGGUGCAGAUGAACAGCGCGACCCUGCGAAUGUCACGGAAGAAAAUCCUGAGAUCUCCUAUGUGUGUGAGUGGUGUCAGAAAUAUAUCGACUUACCCUUACGCUGUUCCGGAUGUACACUGGUCACCUAUUGCUCAGAAGAAUGUAAGACGAAGGACUGGGAAUUAGAACACAAAACAAAGUGCGAAAAUAACAGGAAACCCAAAGUGGCCAAGCCAGUUAAUCCUCCCAAACCCUCAGAAAAGGCUUGGACGAAGGAUCACCACAGGGGGACUACUGAACAGCCCGCUGCUGCUACAGAGGAUAGAAAGGCAGAUGGAGCUGCGGCCAGGACCACUUCCGGUGAUCCAGAGCUUGAAAGGUGCCAUCGCUGCAAGAAGAGAGGCGAUGGAAUGAAGAAAUGCGCCCGUUGCAAGAAUGUACUUUACUGCUCAAAGUCAUGUCAGAAGGAGGACUGGCCUCAGCACAAACAUGAUUGCAUAACUGUUGAUGGUGUCAUCAAAACAAAGGAAUUUGAGAAAGCUGAAGAAGAAUCUCGUCGGUCUUCUGAAGCUGCAGGCGGACCCCGAAUGACGCCUGCUGAUCUAUUGGCACAUAUGAUGGGAUUGGGCCCAUUCAAUGCCAGGCCAAGUGCGGACUGGUCAGAGGCUAGGCGUAUAGCUGAAACAAAGUUCCUGGGCUAUGACAUUAUAGACUCCCUGUGUGACCUACAAGGAGAGUUUUUAUGGAUGACACCAGUUACUCGGAACAAGGUACUGUUGGCUUAUAUCAGUGGCUUACACCCGUACCAGGCCAGGCAUGCCAUCUUCAUAAAGGACGUGAACGGGGAUGAGACGUUUGUGAUGUUCUACGUGGACUUCGACAGCCCCUACCCUUUCUUCUCCUGGGGGCAGCUCACGCCCGGCAACUACAUCUGUAUCAAGAACGCAGUGUUCCAUAAUUUCCUGGAUGGCACAACAGGCAUCAGAGUUGAUGAAGCCUCAGAUGUCAGGAUCCUAUGCGCUAGGCGUAUAGCUGAAACAAAGUUCCUGGGCUAUGACAUUAUAGACUCCCUGUGUGACCUACCAAGAGAGUUUUUAUGGAUGACACCAGUUACUCGGAACAAGGUACUGUUGGCUAAUAUCAGUGGCUUACAUCCGUACCAGGCCAGGCAUGCCAUCUACAUAAAGGACGUGAACGGGGAUGAGACGUUUGUGAUGUUCUACGUGGACUUCGACAGCCCCUACCCUUUCUUCUCCUGGGGGCAGCUCACGCCCGGCAACUACAUCUGUAUCAAGAACGCAGUGUUCCAUAAUUUCCUGGAUGGCACAACAGGCAUCAGAGUUGAUGAAGCCUCAGAUGUCAGGAUCCUAUGCUAGAGUUUAAAUCCUGGCUGCUGGUAUGAACGCGAGGACUAUUGAAGAACUGAACUAUUCAGAUCACUGGUGAAAGGUAUUUUCAGUAAUACAAGACAAUUCCAUGGUUCUCAUAACGAGAACUGGUAUUAGAUUAUAUUUUUUACACUUCGUGAGGACUAUCCCACUCUGUUAUUGUUGACAUGUUCAGGUUAUCGAGUUGUGCGUUUGAAGAUUUAA